UGCAUGCAAACACAGAUGAGCGGCGUGGAUAAAACUGUUCUAGACCUUGUGAAGGUCCAUGGAGGUGGACAAAACAGUGAUGAUGAUGAGGGUGGUGGAGGGCAGUCCAAAUAUGGUGAGAAUAGGGAAGGGAAAGACGAGCUGUUACAGAAGCCAUUCCAGAAAGGAAAACACACCAAGGUGGCCCAUAAAAAUGUUGCUGCCCACGAAUGGGACAGAGAGGAAGCCAGAAACCGACGGCAACACCUGAUAUCAAUGAACGCUUUUGAGCGUCAUAAGAAGUUCGUCAGCGAUUACAUUCUGUACUAUGGAGGAAAGUUUGAGGACUUCAGACGAUCCAUGUCUAAAGAUAAGACAGAUCUGGAUGUGGUGAGAGAGAACCACCGUUUCCUGUGGAGAGAGGAGGAUGAGGAGGAUAUGACAUGGGAGAAAGAGCUCGCAAAGAAAUACUACGAUAAGCUCUUCAAGGAGUACUGUAUUGCUGACCUCAGCAGAUACAAAGAAAAUAAGUUUGGAUUUAGGUGGCGCAUUGAAAAUGAAGUAAUAUCUGGAAAAGGCCAGUUCCAUUGUGGAAACAAGCGCUGUGAGAAUAAGGAGGGUCUGAAGAGCUGGGAGGUGAAUUUUGCCUAUGUGGAGCAGGGGGAGAAGAGGAACGCCCUGGUGAAGCUGCGUCUGUGUCCAGAGUGUUCCUUCAAACUCAAUUAUCAUCACAAGAGAAAGGAAGUAACGGUGAAGAAGAGACGACGAUCGAAAGAGAAUAUGGACAAGUCAGUCUUAAAGAAAUCCAAAUCAUCCAGAAAGCAGAAGCGCAAACACAAAAAGAGGCGCAAAGAAUACUCAUCUUCAAGUUCAGAGGAGACCCAAGAUUCAGAUAAAGAUGCAAAGAGUGAAGAAGAAGAAGAGGGUCCUUCAGAAUCAGACCACUGGAGGGGCCCAGCGCCCACUGUGGAGGAGAAGUCACGGGAGGAAGUGUUUGAUGAGUAUUUUGAAGACAUGUUUCUCUGAGUCGAGGAAAGGAAAAUCCAAAAGAAUCUCAUGCCUACUGUUUUCUUUUUAUAUCGGUUUUGUUUUUUGAGAAGAAUAGUUUGAUUACAAUUUGUUGAUUGUUAUUUACGUUUUUUGUAAUAAUUUCUACUGGGUCUCAUUCAUGCAUUAAAAAAAUCGCAUUUGAUGAAUUGUAUACAUGUGUUUGUAAAACACAUUAGGCCUUAUUCAUAAAACAUUACCAUGAUUUGUGUAUGUGA